GGUCGGCGACAAUGAGGAGAUUGCGAAACUAAGGGCUCAAGUUGAGUCUCUUGUCCGUCAGCCGAAUGGAUCGGAAAAAGACAAAGGACAAGUCUCAAGAAAAGAUUGCGCGUCUCAAGGCGGAGGUUGAACAUCUUCGUCGAGGUCAUCACAGCACUAGUACGUCCGCUACAAUCUCCAAGCCAAACAAUGAAGCCGAGGAAUUGUCUCGACUUCGACUUGAGCAGGCCAAAGCAAAGGCUGCUAGCGAACGGAGGUUUGCCUCUCUUGAAGAAGUUAUCAUCGCAUUGCAGAGGCAGUGCGAAGCCGCUGAGGCAAACGCAGAUGUUUGGAGAUCGGAAGCGCUUCGGUCGGGUAACAAGCGGGGGAGUGUCGCUAUCGAAGCCACUCCUACCUCUGAUGCAAGGGUGAGAGCAAGGGUGGUUUCUCCUGGUGUCGGGCGGGUGAAUUUGGAAUUGAAAGGAAUAGUUGAGCGUCAUCAGUUAGAAAUAGAACGUCUUAAGGAGAUGCGACUUCGUGAGUUGAAUGCUCGUAAAGAAUCCGAAGAAGAGGUUGAACGAUUGAAGGAGGCGAUGGUGAGAUUGGGAACUGGGGUAAAAACCAGGGGAACCAAUCUUAAGUCAAAAUUGGAUGACGCUGCCGGUGUGUCGACAAGGAAGGAAUCGGUACGGAUUACGGAGGAAGCCAAUGAUGCCUUGACCAGGAAGAUUCAGAACAGGACAACGGACAACCCAACGGUUCGGGUCAACAACAAAGAUGCAGUUUUACGUGACACUCGAAAGGACUUACGAAAGUAGAAUAAGGAGGAGAUUUUGUCUAUCUGUGACAAGGAAGGAAUCUCAUAUUUUACUCUAGAACCUACCAAGGAAGCAAUCGCACAGCUGCGCAUUUCUCG